GUCGCUGAGAGCCGUAGGAAUUCUGGCAUAGACAGGACUGCUGAACUAUUGCAUACAGAUCGAAUCAUAUUCUGACGUUUCUUGCCCGCUCCAUUCAUGUCGGAGCCCACCACUGUCACAUCUAGCAAACCUUCGUUCUUCAUUCGCCAUGCGAAGCCUCAAGAUGUGGAUAUCAUCCUACAGCUCAUCAUCGAUCUCGCGACUUAUGAAAAGGCCGCGGACUCUGUGAAAGCAACGCCAGAACUCCUUCUCAAGAACCUUUUUGGGACGUCUUACGCGAAUACCCUCCUCGCCUUCACUGGUACGGAAGAUGCGCCGGGAGAUGCAAUCGGCAUGGCUCUCUAUUUCUUUAACUUUUCAACCUGGACUGGUCGCCCGGGUAUCUAUCUGGAGGAUUUGUUUGUGAAGCCGGAAACUCGAGGUUUGGGCGUUGGCAAGGCUUUGUUCGGUGAACUUGGCAAGAUCGCACAAGAAAAGAAUUGUGGGCGCAUAGACUGGUCAGUCUUGAAGUGGAACCAACCUUCAAUUGACUUUUAUGAAAAGACAUUGGAUGCAUUCCCCAUGACUGAGUGGAUGGGUAUGCGCCUAGAAGAAGCUGGCAUAGAGAACUUGAGAAAGUUUGCAUUGAUUAAGAACUAAUUAGACAUGACACUGAAAUGAAUACUUUGGCUUUUAUUCUUUAUCUUACUCUGGGUGUUCACUUGAAAUCUGAUGUGCACUAAUCAUAACCUAAUGACUUUGCAAGUUUAUCUUUCUUAGUACAUGCUCUUGAGAUUGAAAGACACAAAUUUCUGAGAUGUGUAUUUAUAUUAUAGAACACUUCUUUUUAAAUACAAUAUAGAAUGUGCAAUAAAGAAAGCAAUACAAAAUACAAUAAUAGUUAUCAA